AAUAUUUGAUUGAAAAUAAAUCCGAAUGGAUGGAACAACAUUUUGAACUUAUUUAUCAAACAAGUUUUCAAUUUGAUUCUUUAAUAGAACUUCAACAAUUUUGUACAGAUUUGAUGGUAAAAUCUCCAGUAAAAAUAUUUAAAUCACUUGACUUUACUUCAAUUUCUGAAAAAGCUUUAGUUCAAUUUAUCAAAAAAGAUGAUUUACAAAUGAAAGAAAUCGAGAUUUGGGAGCAUUUACUAAAAUGGGGUCUUGCACAAAAUCCUACACUUAAUCCAGAUCCUACUACUUGGUCAGAUGAAGAUUCUAAAACAAUGGAAAACACUUUACAACAUUGUUUACCUUUAAUUAGAUUUUUUAGUUUAUCAUCCAAAGAAUUUUUACAAAAAGUUCGUCCUUAUAAAAAGCUCUUAAAACGCGAAAUUUAUGAAAAUUUAUUAAAUUCUCAUUUAGAUCCCGAAAGUGAACCAACUGAUAAUAUUUUGCUUCCUAGAAAUAUUAGAUUUGAUGGGAUUAUUGAUUCAAAAAUUACUGAUUUAAGUAUAGUUUCAAUUAUUUCAAGGUGGAUCAAUAAAGUAGAUGUUAAUAGUAAUUUUUCUCAUUUAAGAGAACUAUAUUUACCAUACAAAUUUCAAUUAUUAAUAAGAGGAAGCCGAGAUGGAUUCACUCCUAAAAGGUUUCAUCAAUUAUGUGAUGGUAAGCCUUAUACUGUUACUUUUAUGAAAGUAAAAGGAACCGAAGAAAUUCUUGGUGGGUACAACCCUUUAAAAUGGGAAUCUUCUGGUGGUUUAGUUAAUACUAAAGAUAGUUUUAUUUUUUCAUUUAAAAAUAAAAAUGCACAAUGUGCAAUCAUUAGCAAUAUAGUAAAUGAAGAUCGUGCUUUGUAUUAUUGCAAAAUAAAUGGUCCGGAUUUUUGUGAUUUUAGUAUAUGGGCUAGAAAUGAGUCUAUAGAUUAUGAUAAUUUUAGAUAUAGAAAAAGUAAUUAUGAAAAAAGAGUAAAAGAUAUUGAUGGAGACUUUAUCAUAGAAGAUUAUGAAGUUUUUCAAAUCACAAAGAGAUAAGCGUGCUUUUAUUAAUAUUGUUA